UCUUGCAAGCAGGGUUUCCGCGCCUUUUCUUCCUUAUUUGGUCAGGCGUUUCCUGUCAUGGCACCCGCCAUCUUGGGCCUGUCUGGUUCGAGCUGGCUUCUCGUGGAGAGCGGCCCGCGUGGGCAUCCGCCUCCCCUGCCAGGGGGCCACGCUCCCCUCCCCUCCCCUCCCCUGCAGGGAGCCCGUCGGAACAGACUCAGGGCCUACUGUGGCACCCAGAGGAGGAGAAAGGCAGGGGGUGCUCUCCCAGUAGGAGCUCAGGGAGUUUCUGAAACAGCUCAGGACACAAAGGACCAGGAAGUGGGGCCUCUUCUGCAUUUCGGCGUCCUGCCUGCAGGCGAGCGGUUUGCUGCCGCCGCCGAGACGCCCUUCCGGUGCCUCUGAAGGCAUUUUCUCCCGGCGCAGCUGCGACUUCUCCGCCAGUGCCUUCGGAGAAAGAGAUCUGGAGGACGAGGAGAGGAAAAAAAACCCAAAAAACAAACAAGAAGGAAUGGCUGGGUCCCAGAUCUUGUGUCAAAGCCAGACCUGGCCAUCUUUUUGGAGCAAGAGAAGGAGCUCAGGGAUGUGAAGAGAGAGGAGAAGGUAGCCACACACUCAGGCGUGCAGUUAACUGGUGAAGAGGCUGUGUUGGUGGCUUUAAAGGCAUUUUCUUCCUGAUGCAACCGUGAUUUCAUCACUGAAAUCAACCGAGCAAGAAAUCUAGCGGACGAGGUGGAAGAAGAAGAAAAUGGCCAGUUCUCAGGAACUGCUGACGUUCAGGGAUGUGGCCAUAGAAUUCUCUCAGGACGAGUGGGGAUUCCUGAACGUCGUUCAGUGGGAACUGUACAGGGAUGUGAUGUUAGAGAACUACGGACACCUCCUUUUCUUGGGUCUUGCUGUGUCAAAGCCAGACCUGGUCAUGUUUUUGGAGGAAAAGAAGGAGCUGUGUGAUGUGAACGAAAAGGAAACCAUAGCCACACCCCCAGGGACUGCUGACCUUCAGGGAUGUGGCCAUAGAAUUCUCCCAGGACGAAUGGGGAUGCCUGAACCAGAGUCAGCGAGAACUGUACAGGGAUGUGAUGUUAGAGACCUGUGGACACCUCCUCUUCUUGGUGUGGCUUCAAGCCUCGAGUUUUCAAGAUCAGCAAGCUUGGCUGAGAAAGAUCCUACAGGGCACUGCACUGCUCCUGAACAGAAGCUAUAUCUUCACAUGGCACCCAGAACCUCCUGCCAAAACCAUGCAUAGAAACCUCUUCACAAAAUGUGUCACUGGGUACAGGGAAACAUCAUGCCUUUGAGAAUUUACACUUAAUGAUAAACUGGGACAGUAGUAGAAAGAAUGAAGUGCAUCAGAAGUUUCAUGAAGGACGUGGUCCAAUUGAGAGGACUGCCCAUAACAAGAACUUCACGGCCACAAGCAGUGAAGGACAUAAAACAUCUUGGAAAACCACCCUUUUUACAUCCACUAUUUGUGCAAAGCAGUGUGCAUCUGUAAGCAGAAAUCCCAAUCAAACAUGCAAACAUACAUAUUUGUGCAACGAAAAUUUGGAACAUUUGGAAAGUUACCUCGUCCACACUGAAAACAAUGCUUUGAACCAUUGUGAAAGUGGGAUUGGAUUGACCUUUCAGUCAAAUAGUUCUAAAACUCAGAGAUUCAAAAAUGAAGAUGAAAGGCCUAGGACAUCUCAAUUUGGGAGGUGCUUCACAGAGGAGGUGACCCUACAACAUUACCAGUACAUUUUCAAUGGAGAUACACUGGCUCAAUACAGUGAAUCUGAGACACAGUCUAACCAGGGAUCCCAUAUUAUCAAAUGUCUGAGGACUCCUCUGCAAGAAAACCAUUUUGAACCUAAUAAAGAUGAGGAAGUUUUUUACCCAAACUCCAAAUGUACCAAUAGUAAGGGUACACAGAGGGGAGAAAUUACUUCUAAAUAUGAUGAAUGUGGGAAAGCUCUGAAGCAGUCCUCCAGUAUUGCUGAUCAUCAAAGGAUUCGUGUGGGGGAGAACCCAUACACAGGUAACGAAUCUGGAAACAUGUUUAGUCAAUCAUUAAGUCUAAAUACCUGUAAGACAAGUGGUACUGGAGAGAAAAGGUACAUUUGCAAGGAAUGUGGCAAAACCUUUGACAGGCACUCAACACUAUCUCAACAUCAGCAAACACAUACUGCAAAGAAAAUUGACAAA